AUGGCCUACGCUAGAAGCAGCGAGCUUUUGUUCAAGGUGCUUAUCGUCGGUGAGGGCGGCACAGGAAAGACGUGUCUGAUUCGCCGCUAUGUACACAGCAUAUUUCUAGCCACCAACAAGGCCACCAUUGGAGUGGAUUUUGCUCUGAAGGACAUUGUGCAUGCUGCAUCCAAACGCAACCUCACUCUGCAGCUUUGGGACAUUGCAGGGCAGGAGCGCUACGGCCAGAUGACACGCGUGUAUUACCAGGCAGCCGCUGGGGCCCUCGUCGUGGCCGACAUCACCCGGCCGGAGACACUUGAUCUGGCGGUGAAGUGGAAGCAGGACUUGGACAGCAAGGUUUUUCUCGGUGCGUCCGGAAAACCCAUCCCCUGCAUCCUGCUCAUCAACAAACUGGACCUGCUGCCCAACGGGGUGCUGGCAGCCGCGGCGGCGGGAGACAGUAACGGUCACUGCGUCUCCGCCAGCGAGGGCGGGAUUCAGAAGACAAAGGAGGAGAUGGACGCGUUCUGUCGCGAGCACGGCUUCGAGGCGUGGUUCGUCACCAGCGCGAAGGAAAACAAGAACGUGGACGCCGCCUUCCAGAAGCUGGUGGAUUGUGUUUUGGACGCGACGGACGCCUUAGGCAGCGGCGGCGAGCCGGGCGCUGACGCUGCGGCCGGCAAUGGCGCUAGUGGAAAACUUUCCCAUUCUAACCGGGCGAGGCGUGCGGAGAAGUCCGGCUGCGCCUGCUAG